AUGGCGGCCGCGCAAGAGAAGAUCACAGUCUACAAUGUCGCAGACCUCAAAAACACGUCCGACGAUGCCAUCCCGAACUACCUCAACAGCCUCAAGUUCACGCAGUCGCAUCGGCUGACGGACGUGCGGCUAGCGCUGGGGUACUCUGCAUUCGCCGUCGCGGCGGCGUGUUUCCUGUGGGACUACAAACUGGGGUUCGAGAGCACCAAGUGGGCGACGGCGGCGGCGGUGAUCGUGUACAUGGUGCUCAACGGGGCGCUGACUUUCUGGCUGCUGGCGGUGGAGAAGGGGACCGUGUACGUGGGGCGGGCGCCGACGGGCGAAACAGUGCGCAUCGCAACAGCGUCAGAGCGGCAGGCGGCCAAGGGCCAGGCGCCGCAGUACCGCGUAACGGCCCAGGUCGAGGGGGGGGCAGGAGUGAAAGGCAAGGCGGCGGUGGAGAAGCUCGUCUUCACGCGCUCGUUUGCCGAGUGGUUCGACGAGGCCGGCAAUUUUGUCACGCCGCCCUUCCAGAGCAUGCUAGCGCGCGCCGUACCCGUCGUCGGCAAGUUAGACCCUAAGCGUGUUGCGGCGGCACCCGCCGAGGCCGAGCAGAAGACGCUCCCCGCUACUGCUUCUCAAAGAAAGGAGGCUGCGUCGUCGUCGUCGUCAUAUACGCCCGAGCUGCUCGACGCCUUGGCCAAAAACUUGAGCGGUGCGACGCCCGCCGAGGCUGCAUCGUCUAGCGCUGAGCCGGGGUCGACAAAGAAGGGUGGCAAGCGGAGGAAAGCUUGA